CGUUGGUGAGUUACGUUCGUCCUCAAAAAUUUUUUCACCAUUCCCCAACGUUUUUUUCCCCCCCGACUCAUUCCCGGAACAACGAAACUACACAGCGAACAUCACAUAAUACACAAAUUCCAAAGUCAUUACAAUCUAAUUGAAAAUGAAUUUUCCUCCCGAUGACAGAGGUUAAUAUCAGAGGUGAAUUGAAUAAUAAAUGUUGCACUCGUGACGCGAGUUACAGUGAGUUUACCAAGAACUUGGUGCACACGUCUGGCUCAACGAGAAAGAAGAAAAAAAAAACAGGCUGCAAGUGCUCAGUGUGUGUAGUGAAUACUUGGUUUUACUCAUUUAAGUUUUGUCGGUUGUACUGUGACUUUUUGGAUUAUUUUCCUGCGAUUCACUUGUAUAUCGUUGAGCUCUGUGCGUGCUACUACCAAGGGUACGUUUUUCCCUUCUCCCUCUGGCCCUUUUGCAAUUUCUCUUCUUUUUUUUCCUCUCUCAACUCUCCUCCUUUAACUCCCUCCUGGUCUGUAUUCCCGCCACAUCACUGCCUUUUCUUCGUGUACGCGAGUUCUUGUUGAGUGCUGCUGAGAGUUGGUGUCUCCUUUCGUCGGCCUUCGACACGACGUGCAAACACAAAGGAAACGGAGCAGGAGCUAUCGAUCGACGAUACGUCCCUACCGCGAAUUAUUUGAGAACGGAAACUGGAGUUUGCAGUUUAAAAAUUCCCCAGCGAGAAUGCAGUGCCAAAAAUCCAGCAGGAUGUCAAGUACGAGGCGAUGAGAGAACUGAAUGGAGGCCGAGGAAACUGCAGAGCCCCCUGGGGCUCAGAGCACCGUGCCCCAGACAUCACAUAUUUUUCUUAGUGCAACCGAGAACAAAAACGCCAAAUUAAACUCUUCUUGUCAGUUUUUUCAUUCAACCGGCAAGAACGAAUUUAUUUGAAAAGAUUCGAGAAUGAGACGUGUCAGUCACUCAAUUAUUCCACAGCUGAAUAAAUUAAUAGAGAAUUUGUAGAGAGAUCCGAGGGAUAAUUAUUAUCAGAGAAUCAUGGCAGCACCAGUGAUCGAGAAGAAGCGAUUCUUCUGUAGAGAGUGGGCAUUUAUGAAACUUUCCCACUGCCUGGAGCAGCGUCCAGCCUCGAAAACGUGUGGUGCCCUGAUUGUCGGUGGUCCAGGAAGUGGUAAAACAGCUCUGUGCGCUGAACUCGCCUGGCCAUCGACAUCAGCGAGUUCAAGACACCAGAGAUCCCUGAACAGAAGAUUAUUGGCAAGACACUUUUGUCAAGCGAGAAGCGAAGCCUCUCUGUCACCAGCUCAAUUCGUCAGAUCAUUAGUUGCCCAAAUUUUACAAGCAAGCACUGAUGGAAUUCACUUGUCGUCACCCACAUCACCACCAGCGAGUACAAUAUCUGCGCCAUCCUCAUCGAAGGAGGCAGUGGCCGAGGCUUAUGCUGAAAAACUCAGGACUGAUCCGGACAUUCAUGCGGCUCUUCAGCAUGACGUAUUGGACAGGGAUCCAGACGAUGCCCUGAAAAAAGCCCUCCUCUUUCCUCUACUGGAGGUAGAACCGCCUAAGAACUGUCUCUUUCUACUCGUCGAUUCAAUAGACGAGGGACAAAUACUUAAUCCACCGCAAACUGGUACCAGAGAUUCACGACGUGAGAAUGACAACGUAAGCAGAACAAUAGCCGAAUUACUCGCUAAUCAUCAUCAUCUCUUUCCCCAAUGGCUGCUGCUCGUAUGUACAGCUAGACGGCAGAGUAAAACGAUUUCCAGGAUGUUUACGGGAUUUCGUAAAAUAUCACUGGAUGAUUUGAGAAAGAGUCAAGUUGUACGUGAUGUACAGCAGUACAUUCUUGCGAGACUCGAUGAGGAAGUCGCACUGAGACAGCACAUCUCGAGGGACACAGCGGAGAUGCUGAAUCAGUUGCACAUAAAGAGUAACGGUUGCUUUCUUUAUCUGGAAAAAGUGCUGGAUGGUGUAGCUGAAAAUUUCAUUGUUCUGAGAGAAGUCAGAGAAAUACCUGGCACUUUAAAUGGACUUUAUCUGUGGCUGUGCCAGAGAUUAUUCAGUAGAAAACAAUUUGCCAAAGUUCAGCCUCUGCUCAAUGUCAUAUUGGCUGCUAAAUUGCCCAUUACUCAGGAGAUACUUUACAAGUGCGUGAAGACAGCCCACUCGACCAUUACUAUUGAAGAUUUCAAUCGAAGACUUCACCUGCUGAGGCGAGUUAUUUCUGUGUCACGGGCUGGUGCACUUAUGCUCUUUCAUCAUAGCUUUGCAGAAUGGCUUUUGGAUGUCAAGCAUUGUACGCAGAAAUAUCUUUGCUCGGCAGCUGAGGGACAUGCCAUGUUGGCUGGCCACUAUACGUUAAGAGGCCCUGAACUUACACCCGAUGAGAUCUGUGUGUUGGGACAACAUUUGCAGAGAUCACUUACUAAUGUCGGGGGCAAUCUGUGCAACCUUGAUCCUCACACUCUUCAGACACUCUGGAUGAUUGGGAGUAGAGUACCCAUCGAGGACUGCUAUCUGGACAGCCCUGAGUGCCUGAUGUGGCCCAGACAGGACUUCAAAUUGUUAAGGCUGCUUAUCGAUGCCGGGGCCAAACCAUCCGAGAAAGUUGUCGAGGAUGAGCCAUCUAAGGACCCUGUUUCUUCUAGUCAGGUCUCGCAGGACGUGAGCCCCAUAGAUGAAUCCCCUGGAGAGCCUCUGACUGAAUUACUCGGUGAAAGUGGAGACAUAAACCAGGCAGACUCCUGUGGACGUACAGUACUUCAUACUCUGGCAGCCGACGGUAAUGCAUCGCUCCUAGAACUUGCUCUGGCUGCUUGUCCUCAGGCAAAGCUAGAGGCAACAGACCGUCACGGCCAGACACCUUUGAAUCUAGCAGCGAGACACGGAUAUACUGACGUUGUGAGAGUACUACUUGCUGCAGGAGCCAGUGCAGACCAUGCAGAUUGCGACGGUUGGACAGCACUGAGAGCAGCAGCCUGGGGCGGACAUACCCAGGUACAUUCACAGCCAACCAUUCCUCCAACAAAAACAGACUCCAAUGUAGUCGUUGAAAUGUUACUGGAGUACGGGGCAAUGGUUGACUGCGCUGAUUGGGAUCAGAGGACAGCACUUCGUGCUGCUGCAUGGGGUGGUCACGAGGACAUUGUCAAGGCGUUACUUCAACACGGCGCUGAUGUCAAUAGAACAGACGAUGAGGGUAGAACCGCACUGAUAGCCGCAGCUUACAUGGGCCACAGUGAAAUUGUUGAGCAUCUGUUGGACUUUGGUGCCAAGAUCGAUCAUGCUGACAGCGAUGGGAGAACUGCCCUCAGCGUCGCCGCACUCUGUGUACCAUCCAACCACGGUUAUGCAAAGGUGGUUACGAUAUUACUGGAGAGAGGGGCUGCGGUAGAUCAUCAGGACAAGGACGGUAUGACACCACUGUUGGUGGCGGCUUUCGAAGGUCACCGGGAUGUUUGUGAAUUACUCCUGGAGUACGAGGCGGAUGUUGAUCAUUGUGACGCGACAGGAAGAACACCACUGUGGGCAGCAGCUAGUAUGGGUCAUGGGUCUGUCGUUGCACUGCUAUUGUUCUGGGGCUGUUAUGUCGACAGUAUAGAUAAUGAAGGAAGAACGGUGUUAAGUGUGGCUGCAGCUCAAGGGGGCACUGACGUUGUGAAACAGCUGCUCGAUAGAGGUCUCGAUGAACAGCACAGAGAUAAUUCCGGCUGGACUCCUUUGCAUUAUGCGGCAUUCGAGGGACAUUUGGAUGUGUGCGAGGCGUUACUGGAGGCUGGUGCCAAAGUUGAUGACGUUGAUAACGAUGGAAAGGGGGCAUUAAUGCUGGCUGCCCAAGAGGGGCACACAGCUCUCGUUGAGAGACUCUUGGUACAGCACGGAGCGCCCAUCGAUCAGCAUGCACACGACGGCAAAACCGCUUUGAGACUUGCUGCACUUGAAGGCCACUACGAGACAGUUCGAGUGCUAUUGGCUCACAGUGCAGACAUUAAUGCCAAGGAUGCAGACGGUAGAAGUACACUUUACAUUCUGGCACUGGAAAAUCGCCUGGCAAUGGCAAAAUUUCUGCUGGAGCAUGCGCACGCGGACGUUGAGAGUCGUGACUCGGAGGGUAGAACACCACUGCACGUGUCAGCCUGGCAGGGUCACGACGAAAUGGUAGCACUGCUGCUGACAGGCGGUACAGCUAGUGUCAAUGCCUGUGACAAUGAGAACAGAACGCCUCUGCACUCAGCUGCAUGGCAGGGACACGCUGCAAUCGUAAGAAUUCUUCUGGAGCACGGAGCUACACCAGAUCAUACGUGCAAUCAGGGAGCGACAGCCCUGGGUAUAGCUGCACAGGAGGGUCACGAGCACUGUGUCAGAGCCCUCCUGAAUCAUGGAGCAGAUCCCAGUCAUUCAGAUCACUGCGGCAGAAAUGCCAUUAAAGUUGCUGCUAAGAGUGGUCAUGAUACCGUUGUCAGACUACUCGAGGAGCACUCAGCUAAUCAAAGAAGCAUCAGACCUGGUAUUAACGGAGGUGGCAGCAGUUCUGCAACUUCUGUAACUUCAAAUUCAACAGCUGAAACAAAACCCUCAUCAGCUAUUCUCAAUCCACUCUCAACACAGUACAGUCCCGCUGAGUCACCAGACUCAACCAAGAGACGUAGCUGUGUGUCUCUGGGAAAUAACUCGAGCAAUAGCAAAUCCAGUAGUAAUUUGACGGGCUCCACUAAGAGUGAUCAGGGCAAAUUCAGUCAAAAUCCUAUGGUGAAUCAGGUGAUCAAAGCACCUCUGUCCUUUACCCAACAGUUGCAGCAGUGCUCGAGAGGUGUAAAAAGCCGACCGCUCAGCAAACUCCUGUCACCAUUGAAAAGCGAACCACAAUCUCCCAUUUAUGCUUCACCGCCACAUUCACCACUCAGCGACAGUCUCAUUCCGUAUUCACCUACGAAUACUAGUCCACCAAGUGCACAGACUGCUGCCAGUGUUAUUCAGAGCCAAUUGGGGGUCUCAUUGCUUACUGGCAAUCAGAGUAUUCAGUAUAAACCACAGAGUGGGGGUUUUCACAAUACUGGGGCUAUUUAUGAACCGAUUGAUAUUAAAACUGAGUUCAUUGAUAAGAAUGAUGGGUCCAAGCCGUUUGAACUUACUAAUGAGAUGUUGGGGCUCAAAAUCAAGGAUAAGAAGAAUGGGCAUGAUGAUAAGAGGAACUCAGCUGAUACACAUUUUACGAGGGAUACGCAUAUGAGAAUUAUUUUGGGAAAUUCCGGGGCUGGGGUAGGACGCAACGUUAAACAUACGUCUGAUCAUGUUACAUCGAGUGGCCAUUCGAAACCCAAACGAAAUGGUUUGGUGACAAAUCCGGCAAUGAGGCUUGUCGCUGGAGUUCGAAAUGGAUUUGAAAAUGCAACAAAUCGAAACAAACCAAUAACAACACGAGUCAAUGGAUUCCAGUGGAAAGCUGAGACGCGCAAGGAAACACCUCUCUAAACAAACAUGUCGAUGGAACGAAAAAAAUCCAUUACAAUAAUUCGAUACCACAGAGUUAGUGGCAGAAGGAUGAAAGUCAAUAAAUGAUUAAUUAGUUGUUUUCAUUUGAGCGAAAUCAAAUUGCCUCGAUAGCACAGUGGACGCGAAACCGACAAAUGUAUGUAUUUGACAAAACCGUACUGAUGAUUACGAAGAAAAGAAAUAUUAUAAACUCAAUACCAAAUAUUAAACGGCAUAGGAAAUGUAUGUAGAGUUAUAGUGACGUAAAUUAAUCGAAAUAACUUUGUAUAAAUGUAACGUUAAUAAAAAAUUCUUAAUCGAUCUCACUAAUACCUAUUAUAUUAUAAAGAUAAUGUUUUGAUUGAGGACAAUUUUUUAGCAUCAUGGAUGACAAAAACUAAAAGAGGAGAAAUAAUUGAGAUUGAGCCCUGGAAGACUGGUCGAAUUAAUGAAGAGCGUGUGGUGAUCACACUAACGAUUUAAAUUAAACGUAUUGACAACUGUAAAGAUAUGUACAAAGUUUGAAAGAGUAGUGACGAGGCGACUGAGAUGUGUUGACUUCUAGAGAGACAUGAUUAAACCGAACGAAUGCUGCAGAAUACGUAAAAUAAUGGCCUCUAACUCGUGAAUGAGCCUGUGUAAAUAUAUGAUUUAUGUACUGGACAUGAUCAUAUUUAUUAUUAGACUGUAGUAGGUGAUAUAGUGAUAAUGAAUGAUGAGAAUGAAAUAAAUUAAACUAUUGAUUCUA